AUGGCGGCGGCGGCGGCUGCCGGCGGGAUGGUGCCGGUGCUGCCGGGGCUCUACGUGGGCGGCGCGGAGUCGUGUUCGUGCCCGGAGGCGCUGUCGGCGGCGGGGGUGGUGGCGGUGCUGACGGUGGACGCGGAGGAGCCGCCGGCCGUGCCGGGGGUGCGGGCCAUGCACGUCCGGGCGCGGGACGAGCCCGGCGCGGACCUGCUGAGCCGGCUGGACGAAUGCGCCGCGUUCCUGGGCGCGGCGCGGGCGGGCGGCGGGGCCGCGCUCGUCCGCUGCCACGCCGGGGUGAGCCGCAGCGUGGCCGUGGUCGCCGCCUACCUGAUGAAGACGCAGGGGCUCGGCUGGGAGGAGGCGCUCGCCGCCGUCAGGGCCGCCAAGCCGGACGCAGAGGUGAACCCGGGUUUCCAGGGGCAGCUGAAGCUGUACCAGGCCAUGGGCUGCGCCGUGGACAGCAGCAGCGUCCUCUACAAGCGGUACCGGCUGGAGAUGCUCAGCGAGAGGCUCUCCGAACCUCAAGACUUGCCCCGAGAAGUCUUUGCUGUUGAUCCAACCAGUAUAUGUCAAACUCCAAACACAGAGGUUCUCUACAGGUGCAGGAAAUGCAGACGCGCUCUGUUCCGUAGUUCCAGCAUUUUGUCCCACAUGGAGGGAAGCGGACCAACAGCCUUUGCCCACAAGAGGAUAACAGAUUCUGCAAGGCUUUGUGGCAAUGGCCAUGAAAAGUGCACCUCUUACUUCAUUGAACCCGUGCAGUGGAUGGAGCCAGCAUUGCUUGGAGUAAUGGAAGGACAGCUUCUGUGUCCCAAAUGCACAUCGAAGCUGGGCUCCUUCAGCUGGAGGGGUGAGCAGUGUUCCUGUGGCCGUUGGGUGACACCAGCCUUCCAGAUUCACAAAAGCCGAGUGGAUGAAGUGAGGACGCUGCCAGUUGGUAACUUCCAAACUGCCAAAACCUGAACUCAUCACUUCACUCCAUGGAUUUCUUAACAUCCACAGAAAACUACUGGUUGGUCUGUGGUUGCCAGGAAGAAGCUUGUGACUUCUAUCCCUUUGUGAGGUAGUGGAAUUACUUGAACACCUUCAGCUUGUUUUCUCUCUUAAUAUAUUAUAUAAAAUAUCAGAACACUUUCUUCAGAGAGGUGUUACAUAGUGGUCAAUGUACAAAAACCGCUCAAAUGUGAUGGUUUUAGUAUGUUCUUAAUUUAUCUGUUGCUGUUUACAGAAGGCCUCAACUCCUUAUUUAAAAGGAGUUGCUGUGGGAGGCAGUGCUGCUCGUCUUCUGAUCCCGAAGUUCCAGUUGGUUUGUCUGAAACACACAGUUGAGAUUUUAGGGGGUGUAUUCCACAGCAUGGCCUAUGCAGCAAGGAAAGAUUUUAAGGCUUAGCAAAGUGCCAUAAAGUGAUACAAUUGCAACUGUUGCAUUAGCACGCAUGGCAGGUACUAGCAACAAAAGGCAAGCUUACAGUUACACCUGUAUUGUAAUAAAAGUAAUCCUAAAUAUAUCUA